UUUUCACUGUUAUUUUUUUUUUACUUUUACAGCAACAGACGACACAGAGAUACCCUCUUUGAGCUUAUAAAAGGGUGAGGCAUACUAAAGCAUAGUUGCUAGUGCGAUCGACCCUUUUUCUUCCUGGUUCUUAAACCAUAAAAGAAAAAAAGGGAGAAGGAAGAGAUGACGAAGAUAGAGGGAGGGUUAGGGGGGAGUCAACUCAAGAAAGGCUUGUGGACUGUGGAAGAGGACAAGAUCCUCAGGGACUAUGUAACGGAAUUCGGGAAAGGAAAGUGGAAUUCCAUAGCUAAGAGGACAGGCUUGAGAAGAUGCGGCAAGAGUUGCAGGUUGAGGUGGUUGAAUUACCUGAGCCCGAACGUCAAGCGAGAUCGCUUUACUAAGGAAGAAGAAGACCUCAUCAUUAGACUCCAUAAUUUGUUGGGCAACAGGUGGUCUUUGAUUGCGAAACGGGUGCCCGGUCGAACGGAUAAUCAAGUGAAGAACUACUGGAACACUUGUUUGAGCAAAAAGCUGGGGAUCAAAGAGCAAAUUUGUCAAGUCGGGAGGACAAAAGCAAGGAUCUUGCAUAUUUCUGAGAGUUCAACACAUCAGAAUUCUAUUUCGUCUUGUGCUGGCUACAGCGGGUCUUCGGAAAUGAAUGUGGACAACAAGAGUCUGGAAUCCCAGGAGACAUUGGACCUGCCAGAGUUGACAAGCAAAGAAGAGUAUUCGGCCACCUCUUUCUGGGAUUUUGAAUCGGAUUUAGAGAUGAAUCUUAGCAUGAUGGAGUUUCUGGAUGGACAUUCUCUUCCUUCCUAUUAACAUCAUCCAGGGGUAUUUUCUCACUAGUCUAUCUGUUGAAUUAGGGCCAUAGAGCUGGAGCAAUAACCAUAAUAGAUGCUUCUUCUCCUGGCAAACUGUUGAAGCUUGCAUCAGAAGACUGAAAUCAUCAUGUUUAAGUGCAAAUUAUUUCUAAUCGGGUGAUGGUCUUCACGCCAGUUUUAUUAAAUGAGCAACUACAGGAACCCUGUAUCAGUCAUCAGGAAGGAAGGUAUACUUUCGCGUGGUCUCAAGUAAAAAUAAAGGUAGUCUAGAAUGCCAAUCAGACCAGAAGAUGCAUCCCAGAAAUGUUACUCAAACAUAACCAAAGCACCUCCUGUAGAUGACAAAGUAAGAUAGAGACACCAAUCCCUCUGAUGCAGCAAAACUGGCUUAAUUGAAGAGGGAGACCCUUGGAUUUUUCAUGUGCUAAAACUAGACAUGGGAACCGACUAACGGUU